AUGUACGAGGAACUCAGUGACCAGGCUGACGAGGAUGACGAGGAUGAAGAUCGUGGAGUACUGGAAUCGCUUCAUGGCGAUGUCUUGGCAAGGUCACUCCUCGACACGCAGGUGAGCAAUCAGCUGAACUUGCUAAAAGCGGAAGUGCGCCGCCUCCGCAGCAAGGUUCAGGCUCUGCAGAACGAGAAAGAUGACAUGGUGGACAAUUUUCGGUCCACUACGCAGAUUCUGCUCAACAGAAUAAAGGAGCUAGAAUCAAAUGAUGCACAAAGCCGUCCUCAAACGGCAGCGGUCAUCGACAGGAUCGAGGCACGGGGGAAACACUGCUUGCCUGUCCGGGGAGGGGCUCCUGAAGUGCUCGACUUGGACAACAAGGAACCAGGUGGAGGAAAGGAAUCAGGGACGUCUGUCUGCGGCAACUGCGGUCGAGAGAUUCCGACAGCCAACUUGGUGUCGCACAGCGUCUUCUGCUACCGCAACAACUAUAGGUGCCCGGCUUGUGACGAAGUGAUCGCAGUCCGGGACAAGGAGAGCCACGUGGAGCAGUGGACGGACGGCGCGCGCUUGUUGGAUGCGGUGGGCCGCCGGGACGCCGCCAUGAUCCAAUGCAUGGCAGCGCAUGGCAUCGACUUCUGCUCGGCCGCGCACCCCGAGACACAGGACUCAGUUCUGCACGCUGCAGCUGGGCUCGGAGAUGUGGAGCUCAUCAGCUUCUUCAUGGGCUACGGUGUGGAGGUGGAUCCCAUCAAUGUGCAGGGGGCCACACCUUUGCACGUGGCUGCUGAGCAAGCGCAGCUCGAAGCCGUGCAGCUUCUUGUGGAGCUUGGCGCAGAGCUGAAUGUUCGGAACGGUGCCGGUGAGACACCACUGAUGCUCGUCUGCCGGAAGGGACACGCGCAGGCGGCCAAGUUCUUGCUGGAGAUGCGUGCUGACGCGGAGGCAGGGACGAAGCUCGGGGAUACACCGCUGCAGAUCGCGCAGCGCCUCGGCUUCCAGGAGACGGUGCACGCGCUCUGCUCCGCCGGGGCCCCGCUGCGGCCAGGGACCCCCAGCCGCGCUCGGCCCAGGAGCCCGUCGCCUUUGCCUCCGCGACCAAAGUCCGGCGAGAGUCCCAGGCCGGAUGCUACCGGAGUCCCAGGAGGCAUCGUCCCUUCCGGCUAUCCGCCGCCAGCACCGCGCAAAGGUGCGCCACCGAUACCGAGCGGACCGAGCCAGCCGCGACCGCCACGGCCAUGA